CUUUUCGAGUGCACACUUUAUUUUGCACACAAGAUUAUUGUUUCCUUAUCGGCGUCGACUUUGAAUUUGCCACCUUUUCAGUCCCCAAUAUCGCAAUCAUUCAAUCACUGAAGAUCUGAACAGCAGUUGACUUUACCUUUCUCUGUGGACAUAAUUUUGUGUCAUCAUCCGUGGAGAUUGAAAAAAAGUAACCAGCCUAUUUUUGACAAAGUAAGGAAUAAAAAGUCCAGACUUCUCUUUUCAAAUGGCGGGAGUAAAAGUAAAAAAUUUGAAACACUGCAUGUUUAGCUUCCAGACGGUGUCGAGGGAGUGACUAUGGGAGUGUCCUCUCAUCUUCUCUCACCUUCGCUCGAGCGUGGCCUUUCACUUGGUCAGGAACGUCAAGAGAGGACAUCCAAGUUGAGCGAUUCCACUCCUGAACAUAUAUUAGAACAACUUGAAAAUAGGGAAAAAGAAAAGCUAAGGCUGCGGAAUGGGCUGCAUUCAAAGCUUCAGGGAAUUCUGCGAUCGUUCUAAAAACACAAACGUUCGUCUCAGUCUUCCAGCAGUGUGUAUAGUGUGGCAGACAGCCAUGAUCAUCCUGUUUGGGGUUUUUAUACGUUAUGACGAAGAGUCCAAUCCACACUGGAUAGAGCACAGGAAAGAGGCAAACAUAUCAAGUGACAUUGAGAAUGACUUCUACUUCAGAUAUCCAAGCUUUCAGGAUGUCCAUGUGAUGAUCUUUGUGGGCUUUGGCUUCCUGAUGACUUUUCUCAAGCGCUACAGUUUUGGCGCCGUGGGUUUCAACUUCCUCAUCGCAGCGUUUUGCCUUCAAUGGGCGCUGCUGAUGCAGGGCUGGUUCCACUCCCUGGAUUACACUGAUGGAAAGAUCAAAAUCGGCGUUGAAAGUUUAAUUAAUGCAGAUUUCUGCGUGGCGGGCUGCUUGAUUGCUUAUGGAGCCGUGCUUGGGAAAGUCAGUCCAGUCCAGCUGAUGGUCUUGACCCUGUUUGGCAUCACAUUGUUUGCUGUGGAGGAAUAUAUCAUCCUCAGUGUCAUACACGCCCGAGAUGCGGGAGGCUCCAUGGUGAUCCAUACGUUCGGCGCUUAUUACGGCCUUGCCAUCUCAUGGAUGCUCUAUCGACCCAACCUGGACCAGAGCAGUCGUCUGCAAGGCUCUGUCUACCACUCGGAUGUCUUUGCUAUGAUAGGAACUCUCUUCCUGUGGAUGUUCUGGCCCAGUUUCAAUUCAGCCAUCGCCGACCACGGGGACGGGCAGCACCGAGCCGCCAUCAACACCUACCUGGCCUUGGCUGCAACAGUGCUCACCACUGUGGCUUUCUCAAGCCUCUUUCAGAAGCACGGCAAACUAGACAUGGUUCACAUUCAAAACUCCACUUUGGCUGGCGGUGUCGCAGUGGGAACUGCAGCAGAAUUCAUGCUGAUGCCCUACGGGUCUCUGAUAGUUGGCUUCUGCUGCGGUGUCAUCUCCACAUUGGGUUAUAUCUUCCUCACGCCAUUUAUGGAGAAGCACCUGAAGAUUCAGGACACGUGUGGAGUCCACAACCUUCAUGCCAUGCCUGGGGUCAUAGGUGGUAUUGUGGGCGCUAUUACUGCUGCAGCUGCUUCUGACUCGGUUUAUGGUAAAGAAGGACUGAUUAACACCUUUGAUUUUGAGGGGGAUUUUGAAGAAAUGACUCCCACAAGGCAGGGGGGUCACCAGGCCGCGGGCAUCUGUGUGGCCGUCUGCUUCGGUGUAGGUGGAGGCAUCAUGGUUGGUUUUAUUUUAAGAUUACCCAUCUGGGGGGACCCGGCUGAUGACAACUGCUUUGAUGAUGAGGCCUACUGGGAGGUGCCUGAUGAGGAGGAGAGUAUUCCACCAGUCCUGCAGUAUAACAAUCACAUGCUCAACAAAGACGUAACUGAGUCAAAUUUCACCUUGGAGCAGAACUGAUCCAGCGUUUUGAAAAUGAUGGUUUGCUGGCCUGUGUUGGUCCCUUUUGAAUAUCCCGAUGAACAGAAUCGUUCAUUCCAUAUUUUCAACGUCUGAAAAUAAAUUAUUGGCCAUCCAGAGAAUAUAUUUAUGUAAAAUUGAAAAUUAGGUAAAGUUAGGAAUCUAACUGAAAUGGCUAAAUGUAGGUCAUAUUAUCAAUUUAUAGUUAAAUGAUUUCCAUAGCCUAAUUCAAUAUUUGUACAAUGUCAAUUCAUAAUAUGGAUUCGGCCCUUUUUAAGAAGGAGCAAGACACAAUGAGGCUAUAUUGUAUGUUCUUUGCUGAGCCCAUGUUGAUUUGUUCUUGUUGGAGAAUUGCACAAGGUUGUGUAUGCGGAAUAAAAUGUUUAAUGUGUGAGGAAAGGUGAAAUCAGAAUAGAUCGCUGCAACGCUU